AUGUACAAGUUGGUGGUGUUGUUCUCCGUAGCGGCUUUGGCGGCAGCCAAGCCGGGUCUGGUGGCGCCAUUGGCGUACUCCGCGGCCGUGCCCGCCGUUAGCUCAGUAUCGCAGUACAGCUCCAGUGUUCUUCAUGGAAGCCCAGUGGUGUCUGCAGCCGUGCCCGCCGUGUACAGUGCACCUGCUGUUUAUGGUGCCUCAGUGGUAGCUCCUGUCCCUGCAGUAGCCUUAUCUCAAGCUCCUCACUCUCCCGCUGUCGUGUUGGACGCUGUUCACGGAGUGCCCUUGGAUACUCCUGAAGUCGUCGCUGCACGCGCCGCUCACUAUCAAGCUAAGGCUCUGACUGGUCUUCAUCAUCUUAAGAAGCGCUCCCUGGCUCCUGUUGCGUACAGCUCAGUGGUUUCUCCCGUCGCCCCUGUAGUGUCCGCCUAUUCCGCCCCCUUAGUACAUGGUCCUGUAGUAUCUGCAUACUCUUCCCCUAUCGUAUCAGCCCCCGUCGUCUCCGCUUACUCAGCUCCCGUCGUGGGCGCUCCACUUGCCUACUCCGCUGUUGUCCCCAAAGCCCUCAGCGUCCACCCCUGGUAA